AUGUCAACAUCACCGAUCUACUACUUCGAGAAUGGGUUGCGCAAGGUAAAGCCUUAUUACUUCACUUAUAAGACACAUGUUAAGUCAAGAUGGAUAGGGAAGACAGUGUAUGAAGUAUUCACUACAGAAUUGGGACAAGAACAUGAUAUAACCAAGAAGGAAAUUACCAAUCAGAUAAUAUAUAUAUUGAGUAAUCAGGGAAUGAAAGGAGGACCGAUCGCAAUUAAAGGUUGGGAAAACCUAGUAGAAAGGAAAAUACAAUCUCAAGAUUUAAUAUAUAAUUCGAAGCAUAUACAUGAGCCUAGUGUUGCGCAAGGCCUUGAAUUGGUAAAAAAAUCUAGUAAGUGUACUAGUCAAGAUUUAACAGACCUAAGCAUCAUAUUUGAGAAUGAUGAGAUGCUUGUAAUAGAUAAACCAGCAGGGAUUCCAACACAUCCUAAAGGUAAUUAUAGAUAUAAUUCAAUCACUGAGUUAGUAAAGCAUGAUUUAAAUUUAGAGAAUGUAUGGCCUUGUCAUAGGUUAGAUAAGGUUACUUCUGGAAUUUUGAUAUUAGGGACAACUAAGCAAGGAAGUAAAAUCUACCUGACUAUAAUUAAUAACGAAAGAGAUAGAAUUUCGAAACAGUACGUUGCUAGAGUGAUGGGAGAGUUUCCAAAAGAUGAGUUUGUUAUGAACUGUCCAAUAUUUCUAGUGAACACGUCUGGUGGUUAUAUUAUGCCGUCGAAUUCUAGGAAUGUUCCCAAGAAUUCAACAACAAUCUUUAGAAGAUUGAACUAUAACAAAGAGCUAAACCAAAGUAUCGUAUUAUGCAAACCCAUAACAGGUCGAAUGCAUCAAAUAAGGAUACAUUUGAGAAAUACAGGUCACCCUAUAGUGAACGAUUAUGAGUACAAUCCACAGGGAGAUGCAACAAGACUGCACAUUCAACGAUUAAGAAACCAAAUUGAGUUACAAAUGUAUGAAAAUAUCUAUCUUGAUUUCCCUUCGUUUAAAGAACACCAACCGCAUAACGUUGCUCAUGAUGAAACCGAGGUAGAUGUAGUAAGGCUUUCAAGGGUGGAGACUGAUGAAAUGCAAAAAAAAAUACAUCAAUUGGUAAAAUUGAGAUCUGAGAUGGUAAAAGAUAUGAAAGAACAGUAUAAUAAGAUUUGCGAUGAAUGCAAUCGCCCGUUAUUUGAUUCAGAUAUCAAUAUAGAUGACGGAGGGAUUUGGCUACAUGCUUUUCGCUAUGAGUAUUCUGCGAUUGAAUCUGUCAAUUCGUUUUGCUUCGAAACCAGUUUUCCAUCAUGGUGUAAUAUAUGA